AUGGUUAGCUUACGCGAAUUCUUUUUGGAUGAUCUUCUGAAGUUCAAUUGCAUUGUGAUGGACCCAUACACUGAGGUUUAUUCGCUGUCUUUCUUUUUCAACAUACUCCUGAAAUUUCCACAGCUAUCACAUACGGCUGUUUCGCCCGGUGGUCAACUCAUAGGUUUUAUUUUAGGCAAGAUAGACAGUAACGAAAGCGUUGAAUCAAAUAUCGAGAAUGGUCAUAUUUGCGCUCUGAGCGUUUCGGAUAAUUAUCGGCGUCUGGGCUUGGCCACGCGACUAAUGGAGAGCUUUACGGAUACCGUCGAGUCCCACGGAGCUUGGUAUAUGGAUCUAUAUGCGCGCGAAAGAAAUAAAGCAGCCAUAAAACUUUACGAAUCGCUUGGCUUUGUGAAGUAUCGCUGGCUACCGAACUUCUAUCGGGACGACAAUGGCUAUGACAUGCGAAAGCCCCUCAAAUGCGAUGUUGGAAAACAGUCGCUAAAGGGAAGCUGGUUUGAUAGGUUUGUCUUAUGGUGGGUUGAUAACAUGAACUAACCGUCGCAAAAGGACCAAUAAAGAAUGCACGUAUUCCAAGAAUCGAUAAUUAUUGGCAUUAUUUCUACA